AUGUCGCACCUGCCUCAGGGAAACCUCCUUCCGCUCAUCCGCGCUGGCGACAUCGUCUCCAUCUGGCAUGACGUCAUCCUCUUCGCCUCCCCAGGCGCGAGUAACUCUCCCCGCCGCGCCCCCCCGCGCGCCGCCUCCGCUUCUGCAGCGCGGGGCAAGCCGGCGACUGCUAUUCCCCUCCUCAACUUCAUCUGCACUUCUUCCAAGUCUAGCUCGUUCGCCGCGUCGCUCGCCGGUCGCCGUCGCCGUCUAGCGCUUGACGGCGCCGUCAGAGUCGACGACUCGGAGCAGCGGCCGUGGAACCUCGGAAUAAUCCCGCAAACAUGCGUUCUCGGGCCGUCCCCCGUCACCUCCGCAACCUCCCCCUCCUCCGCACUUCCCGACAAAAGCACCUCCGCAGCGGACGUCGAUCUUUAUCCACUCGACUCCUCUGCCGUCGAUCCCAGCGACCCGUUCAGCCGUCCCGAUGAUUGCGGCGAGUUUCCCGUGAUUCUGGACAACGCGCCGAUGGAGGCGGUGGAGGUCGGCGCAAAGGAGCGCGACCCGGGCGACGUGUUUCCCGUGCUGCCGCUCCUCGCGCUCCCCGUGCGCCUGCGGUCCGGCCUGGGAACGGAAGUUUCGUGGAAGCUGGUCGUUGUGGCGGCGGACGAUCCGCUGGUUCUGGCCAAUCAGGUGGCGACUAUAGUGGAGACGAUUCUACCGAGAGUUAUAGACUGGGCCGCGGGAGGGUUUGGAGGGUUCGCGGGAGGGUCGAAGAGAGUCGAUUCCGACCGUUGGUGGAUCCCGGAAUCUCCGCGGCGCGAAUCGGACGACUGGGAGGAAGCUACGCGGAAGGCCCAAGGCGUGGUUCUCGAGGCGCACAGCAUAUGGAACCUGCUGGUUCCUUCGCUCCGCCGCCCCACGCUGCAGCGACGGCAGCGCGUGAGCGAACGCACGCUGGAUGGCUGGCGGGAUAAGCGAGGGGCGGGAGACGACGACGAGAGCAACCUCUUGAAGCUCAUCGCACGACCCGGCGCUAGCGGUGGGCUUGGCGGGUUUGGCGGGGGGAAGUCCCGCGGCAGUGGCGGAAACGGGAGGGAAGGGAGCGGAGCGGUAGCUGGAGGAAUGGGAGGGCUCAGCAGGGGGAGAUGUUCCGCCGCCGCUGCUGCGGCGGCUGUUGCGGCAGUUGAAGGGCGCUCGGCGCUCAACGAGAGGGAUAUGGUAGGCGGGGAAGGGGAGGAGGCGGAGGGGCGAGAGGGCGAAGGGACGAGGCAGCUGAGGCGGACGGCAAGCUCCGGACUCGCGGAUGAGCUUGGCGAAAUUGACGACACUAGCGAUUUGGGCGAGGCCGUGAAGGGCAAAACCGACGCGCAUGGCAUGUGGAACAGUGGACGGUUGGGAUUGUCGUUUGGCAGCAAAUCAGGUGACACCUCCACCAGACCCACCUCCUCCAAAGCAACCAUCCCCACCUGGGGAGGGCUGGGUUCCGGAUUCUACAGUGGUCCGGUGUUUGGGAGGUUGGGUAAAAGCCGGACCAUUAAAGAAAGCGACGGGCAGCCGAUUGAAAUUUUACCAAGCAGGGGUUGGCAGGGGAAUGUGGGCAGCGGCGAUGGUGGUGAGGGAGAUUAUGGUGUUGGAGGUGGUAACUGUUUUCACAACGGUGACGGGAGCGGUUACGGCGCUACCAGCGGUGGUGGUGAGCGGGUGAGGAGUGGGGCAAGGGGUGCGUUCAGCAGGAGCAACACGGCAUCAAGCACAUACAGCUUCGUGAGCAUGGGGAGCAUGGCUAGCAGCCACAGCAGCCGCUGCAGCAAGAGCCCUGCUGCCACACCAGACCUUGCCGCUGCUACUGCUAAUGCUUUUGCUUCUGGGUAUCAUGGUGCGGACAAGAGUCACAGAGUCGACAGGCUAGUGCUCGGUGAGCCAAGUAGGAGAACAGAUACGACAGCUGGCACCGGAGGAACAGAUGGCAGAAGCCGCCCGUUCACCCCACCCAUGGGCCGGUCAAAGACAGAACCCAAAAACUGUGGCUCAGGGCGAGCGGGGCAGGGGCGUUCCUGUAGAGUUCUGUCACCCACUGAUGCUCUUGACGCUGCUGCCUCUGCUCACAACAUUUACAAUCAUGACUCAGAUGAGGAGGAGGAUGACGACGAUGACAACUUUGCCUUCUCUCAGCCGGGUGGACCUGACAGCCUCACCUCAACGCCGGGCGCCAAAGGGCGAAUCUCACCGUCUCCCUCCCCUCUGCCCAGUCCUCCGGUGCUCACGCGACGCUGGUCCCUCACCUCCCGGGUCAGCUCCACCGGGGAAGGAGCGGGGGGGCAGAGUGGCCGGAAUGUGUUCGAUGCCUCAGCUGGGGCUGAGCGCAGGGAGGUGGAUGGUCGGCGGGGAAGUAGGGGUCGGGACGGUGGACAGGAGGCAGCAGAGUGGGCGGCGGAGGAGUGGAGUGAUGACUGCUCCAGCCAGGCGAGCUCUAGCCAUACUAGUGUUGAGCCUGCCAACAGCCACUACGGGCAGCAACUGCGGGAACGAAGAAUGCUGCCCAAAUUACCCACACUUCCCAAGUCGCCCUCUCUGCCUAAAUCACCAGCACUACCCAAGUCACACGCACUACCCAAGUCACCCUCUCUGCCUAAAUCACCCGCACUGCCCAAGUCAUCCACAGUGCCCAAGUCACCCUCCCUGCCCAAGUCAACCGCACAUCCCAAAUCAUCGACACUGCCCAAGUCACCCUCCCUGCCCAAAUCACCUUAUGCAGAAAAGAAUGGGCUGAGAAGGGGGGUCCGCAUGGAACGACCACAUCCUCCUGACAGCAACCCCAUGAGGGCAUGUGAGAGCAGUGUAGGUGGGAGCAGCAUGGGUGUUCCUUCUGAGGUGCCGCAAACCAGAGGAGGCACUAGGAGGGGUGUGCGGGGCAAGCAGCGGGGGCAGCAGCAGCUGGUUCCAGAAUUCUACCCUCCCUCAUGGCCCAGCCGCGCAUCUCCACUCUUGCUCGCUCUCGUUUUUUCCAGCCGCACCCAUCUCCACUCCACUCCACCGCUUCCUACCCCGCACUUUCGGCUCUGCUGCCGUCCAUGUAUUCACCACUCUCCACCGCACUCCCUUGUCCCUCCCUCCACCAGGCUGACCUCCCCCAUGUGGUGGCUGUAUGCCACUGCUGCUUUAUGCAACGCGUUACAGACUGGCGCUGACCUCCCCCGUGUGGCGGCUGUGUGCCGCCGCUGGCGCCCGCUCGCCCUGGACCCCUCGCUGUGCUGUGCUGCCUUCUGCCGCUCCCACCGCCUGCUCUCCCUGCGCCUCCCCCCCUCCGCUGCCCCAGCACCACCAACGCCAGCAUCAGCAUCAGCACCAGCAUCAGCAUCUGCAUCAGCAGCAGCAGCAGCAGCAGCAGCAGCAGCAUCAGCACCAGCACCAGCUGUAACAGCAGCACCAGUGCCAGAGGCAAAGGGGGAUAAGCUAUCAUCCCCUCUCCUCCAUUCUGCUUCCGCUCCUGCAGUGCGCUCCUGUGCCCGCUCCCACCCCCCUCCCCUCCCCUCGUCCCCCACUCCUCGCACCGCCCGCCGUGGCCCCCCCUCCCUUCUCUCGCUCCUCGCCUCGCCGGAGUUCGCUCUCUCGCACCCCAUUGGCCGCACCGACUCCAUUGCCAGCCUGGCAGUGCGCUUCCACGUGCAGGUGGGUCACGCUGACACGUGGCAUCCUGAUGGUGCUGCCACGUGGGAUGCUAUGGACAUCCGCCGGCUCAACAACAUCAUGAGCGACCAUGCCAUCCACACGCGCACGCGCCUCCUCAUCCCCAUCCCCCCCUCGCGCCGCCCGGCUGAGCUGGUGCGGCGGCACUGCGCCGUCCAGUUUGAUUCGCACGCGCGGCGGGAGGUGCUGCUGGUGUUCCAAGAGGGGGACGAGGGGGAGAUUCGGCGAUCGUAUGGAGAGGCACGGAACAACAGGUGCUUAUAG